AUGAAUUCACUCUUUCUCAUAUUCAUAUAUGCCACUGCAUUUAUACCGCUUGGAUCUGCACGUCUCGACCGCACAGACCGACAUAACGACCCGCGGUGUAGCUGUGGGAAGCGUCAGAAAGCAAAAAUUGUUUCUUCGAGAAUCAUUAAUGGUACGGAGGCUCCACCGGAACACUGGCCGUGGGUGGUGGGAAUCUAUGAUUCAACCGACACCUUAGUAUGUGGAGGGUCCUUAAUCAACGAGGAAUAUGUGGUGACCGCUGUGCACUGCUUUGUAAAUAAAGAUGCGUGUGAGUUUUCAAUUCGUCUUGGAACCAUUCUCAGAACCAAUUUCUCUCAAUGUAUCAUUAACCAACAAGAUUCAACUGCACAAAACAUGGCAGUCAAUCAAGCAAAAUUACCCAGAGAAGUAGAUGAAGGCAACGUCUUAGUCAACAAGGCUUCAGAAAUCCAAGUGAUCUGUGUUGAAGUUGAAAGCAUCUGCACUCCUAUACAAAAGGAUUGUGGCCCUUUCUUGAAAGACAUUGCUGUUGUAAAAUUAAAGAAUAAAGUCAACUACUCAGAAAAUAUUCAGCCAAUAUGCCUUCCGGAAAACGGUGUCGAUCCUCCAACAAGCAGUCCAGCCUAUACCGUGGGCUGGGGAAAACUGUAUGAAUAUUACUAUUACGAUGAGGAUGACUAUAAAGAUGAAGAGGAAAUCGAAGAUCAAAUAGAUGAUUCUAAGGUUCCGACAUCUAUGACCGAAAAAUCAAAUAAUUUAGAUAGCGUCGGAUCCCAAGAGUACGGCAUAGGAUUCCUCGCAUUCAGGUACGCAACAACACUGAUGGAAAAGAAACUAGAUCUGAUUGAUCAUAAUCAAUGCUCUGCGCAAACAAAAAGCAAAGUUCCUGGUUAUUUCAUUUGCACAGACGGAGCAGGAACAUGUCAUGGAGACAGCGGAGGACCCUUGAUGUACGAACAUGACGGCCGGUGGACUCUCGCUGGUGUGCUUUCUAUCGGGCCAGACAACUGCUAUCACCCGGAGAUACCUUCGCUCUUUGUAAAGGUCUCGUACUUCGUGGACUCGCUUAUUUACAAAUUUCUGCAACCUGGAAAUCACAGUGACAGAAAUGCCAUAUGUGCUACGGACGAUGCUCGUAAAGAUUGUGUAACUAAGGCUUCUCAGUCCUUCAACACCUCUGUACAAUUAUAA